GGUGUGGUCGUCGGUUCCGCUAGGAGUUUGGGGUACGCCGGCCGGAAUAUCGAGCGUGUAGUCAUGUCGGCGUCGGUGUUGUCGGUCAUCUCGCGGUUCUUAGAAGAGUACUUGAGCUCCACUCCUCAGCGUCUGAAGUUGUUGGACGCGUACCUCCUGUAUAUACUGCUGACCGGGGCGCUGCAAUUCGGUUAUUGUCUCCUCGUGGGGACCUUCCCCUUCAACUCUUUCCUCUCGGGCUUCAUCUCCUGUGUGGGGAGUUUUAUCCUAGCGGUUUGUCUGAGAAUACAGAUCAACCCACAAAACAAAGCGGAUUUCCAAGGCAUCUCCCCGGAGCGAGCCUUUGCUGAUUUUCUCUUUGCCAGCACCAUCCUGCACCUUGUUGUCAUGAACUUCGUUGGCUGAAUCAUUCCCAUUUAAUUGAGGCGUAGGAGACUGGAAGAAUGUGAAGAAAUUGUGGCUCAGAUGCACCGAUCAAGCCAGGAUUAGAAGGACAAGCAGUGUUCAGGCAAACUUUGCCUUUUUCAUUAUGAUCCACUCUCUGACUGAGCUGUUUCAGUCUGUUAUUUCUGGUUCAUCGACACUACUAUUUUUCCUCCACAGUUAGAUCUUUCUGGCCUCUGUGCCAUUACUUUAACAUUUCUUUCUAUUUCAGAAUGCACUUAAAUCCACAUAAACCAUGCAUUUCUUGAUAUCUGGGCCCUACAAAUACCGCAGUAAGUUCAAUAGGUCUCAGUCACCACAUUAAGCCUCCUACUUCAGUGACAUAUUGUCUACUUACUGGGUUUUAUUGAUAAUCCUGUCCCAGUCCCAUAGAUGAAUGUAUUAUAAAUCACAGCACCGUGCUGCCUGACAAGAAUUCCUGAGCUAUCUUGAUAAUAGAUUAAUGUGAUUAGCAUGUAUCUAUCCUCCUUCCUGGGAACUCUGGCUGGGAUUUCCCCCUUUUUCUAUUAUUGAAAUAAAAGACUAAGCCAUGGA